CUCAGGGUUGGAGGGAGCCACUGGGAACCCAUUUCAGGGGAGUUAGCGUUAGGGGUCUCAUUCUGGGGUUCAAUGUGGGGGUAUCUAGGAUAGAGGAUGCCAUGGGGAACCCAUUUCGGGGGGAUCAGGGUUGGGGGGCCCAUUCUGGGGCUCAGUGUGGGGGUCUCACAGUUGGGGGGUGCUGUGGGACACUCGCUGUGCUCUCAGAGUACAGGGUCUCCCGCCGCGGUGCUGUCCCAGUGACCCUAUUUUGUCCCCUUCCCCACCCUGCAGCCGCCCCCUAACCCAGAGGGUCCCACGGUGACACGUCCCUGCACCCCCGCCAUGGCCGCCACUGCCUCCUCCCUCGUCCUGCUCUGCGCCCGCCGCCUCGCCGCCCACCUGCCCACUGCCCGCCGUGCUCUGCCACUGCUCCCUGCCGAGCUGUACCCCGCUCUGCUCCAGGCCGCACUCCUGGACCGGCGCGUUCCCCUCCUGCGGGACCUGGUGCAGGCCUGGCCCUUCCCCAUCCUCGCCCUGCGCCGUGACCCACACCCCCACCCCGACAAGCUCUGCGUGCAGGCAGUCCUCCUCGCUGUUACCGCGGGGCUGUGGCCCAGCACCAGCCCGCGGCCGUGCCUGCGGGUGCUGGACAUGACAGGCCUCCAGGACGGCGCCGAACACGGUCCAGACAGCAUCAGCCUGUGGUCGGGGACAGUGCUGCUGGCCAAGGCCUGCCUGGAAGCCUCACAGCGCCGAGCCGAGCCGCAUGGCGCCAAGCGGCGGAAGGGAUCCCCGGUGCUGCCGGUGGAAAUCCGCGUCGACCUCUUCGUCAACAGCACCUCUGGGGCCAUCCUGCGGGCGGCCCUACGCGGCGGAGGGGCCCUGCGCCUGCGCUGCCGCGACUUCCACGCCGAGGAGCUGUCGCUGGGUGGCACCAUGGAUCUGCUGGAGGCAUUGGAGCCAGUCGGCUUGCGACGUGUUGAGCUGCGCUUCAACAACCUGGGGCUGGCAGGGCUGUGCCAGGUGGUGCCGCGGCUCGCCCGUUUCCCUGACCUGGCCAGCGUGCGGCUGCCCUACAGCAAUGUGGACGUGCGGCGGCUGGGGGCGGAGGAUGGGCUGCGGGAGCUGGCGGCGGCACUGGGCCGGCUGUGCGGGCUGCGGGAGCUCAACCUGGGCUCCUGCCGGCUGGCAGGGCAGCUGCGGCUGCUGCUGGGGUCCCUGCAGCACCCGCUGGAGAGCCUGGAGCUGCCCUUCUGCCACCUCCAGCCCUGCGACCUCACCUUCCUGGCCCAGAGCCCACACGCUGCAGCCCUGAAGAAGCUCGACCUGAGUGGCAACGACCUCUCCUCCUCCCUCCUCCCUCCCUUCCUCCGUCUCCUCCUCGCCGUCUCCUCCUCGCUUCGGCACCUGGAUGUGGCUGAGUGCCGCCUGGGGGACGCCCAUCUCCCACUCCUGCUGCCGCCGCUGCGGCAUUGCGUCCUCCUCUCCUACCUCGGCCUCUUUGGCAACGCGCUGUCCUCACGGGGGCUGAAGGUGCUGCUGGAGGGAACCCUCCCCCUGUCUUCCCUGCGCCUCGUCGUCCACCCCCACCCCAUAGAUUGCCACGCUGCCGAUGAGGCUGACAAUGACAAUGACACCGAUGUUCUCGAGGGCCGUGCAGCCGCGCUGCAGGAUGAGCUGCGGCGAAUGCUGCGCAGCGCCGGGAGGGAUGAGGACAUGUGGACCAGCAGCCUCCAGCAUCAUGGCGGCUUCGACUUCUUCGCGCUGUGAGCGGGGACAGCUGGGAGGAGUGGUGACGAAGGGACAACCAGGAGGAGUGGUGACGAAGGGACAACCAGGAGGUGUGGUGACGAAGGGACACCAGGAGGUGUGGUGACGAAGGGACACCAGGAGGUGUGGUGACGAAGGGACAACCAGGAGGAGUGGUGACAAAAUGACAGUCAGGAGGUAUGGUGAAGAAGAGACAACUGGGAGGAGUGGUGAUGAAGGGACACCAGGAGGUGUAUGACAAAGGUACACCAAGAGGCACAGUGAUGAAGGGACAGCCAGAAGGUAUAGUGACAAAGGGACAACCAGGAGGUAUGGUGACAAAAUGACAACCAGGAGAUAGGGUGACGAAGGGACAACUGGGAGGACUGGUGACAAAAUGACAAUCAGGAGUAGUGGUGACAAAGGGACACCCAGGAGGAGCGGUGACAAAAUGACAACCAAGCGUGGUGACAAAGGGACAACUGGGAGGCGCAGUGACAAAGUGGGGACGGGUGCCCGCUGCUCAUUUUGGUAUAAAGAACAGCUGGUUGGUAA